AAGUAUGGAUUUAGUCUGCCCUUGCUGAACAAUACUACCCUAACAAAGCUGGGUGAUUGCGGUUUUGUAGAGGAAUUCGUAGCCCAUGUUCCAGGGUCAGUGACCACAUUGGCGCUGGGUCGGAAGUCUGCGCGGGUGAUGGCCACGGGCGGGGAGGAUCGACGAGUGAAACUGUGGGCGGUGGGUAAGCCAACGUGUAUAAUGAGUCUCUCCGGGCACACCUCCUCCGUUGACGCUGCCCAAUUCAGUCCAGACGAGGACUGCAUGGCAGCCGGCUCUCUUUCUGGUUCAAUUCGAAUCUGGGAUCUGGAGGGAGCAAAGCUGGCUCGAGCACUAUCUGGUCACACUGCUUCUGUACAGUCGUUGGAUUUUCACCCUCAUGGAAAUUUCAUUGCAUCAGGAUCGAUGGAUUCGACUGUUAAGUUAUGGGACGUUUCGCGAAAGGGUUGCAUCAACACCUUUCGAGGGCAUGCUGGCUGCGUGAACAUGGUCCGUUUUUCUCCUGAUGGAAAUUGGAUAGUUUCCGCUGGUGACGACGGCCGUGUCAAGGUAUGGGAUUUGGCAGCGGGAAAGCAGUUGGCGGAGCUUUCGGGUCACACAGCGCCGGUGACGAGCAUCGCCUACCACCCAACAGUGCUGUUGCUGGCCUCGGCCUCUGCGGAUCGGACUGUGCGGGUCUUUGACCUCGAGACAUUCUCUCAGGUUGCCGUUUCCGGCAUCGAACUGGCCGCUUCCGCAGUCCGACGCAUUGUCUUCCACCCGGAGGGUCAGUGUCUCUACGUCGCCACAACCGAACAACUCAAGGUUCGUGCUUUCACCACCUCUCUUCUUUUUUUAGUGUUUUUUCCUUGUCCUCCUUCAUCCAUUCAAUCUUGUGUUGAUGACUUUAUCAAUGCCACCCCUCUUCCACUCUGUAUAUGCCUAUAA